CACGCCCCUAGACACACUUAGAACUUGAGACCCCAAAAUCCUCAGGAAAGCAAAAGAAAGAGAAGCAACCGGCAAGCUCCGAAGAAAACCAUGGUGGGUCAGUGGACGAUGGUGACGAAGCCGAGCCGCAGCGACAAGGUGCCGGACCCGGAGGAGCAGCUCAAGAUCGCCGAUCAGGUCCGAGCCCAGUUCGAUUCCCUGGCCCCGAAGCGCCCUCUCAAGCCCAGCCGCAGCGAACCCGAUUCGUCAUCGUCCCCCAUCGACUCUUCCGGCAGCUUCGAGCACGACAUUCCCGAGCUCGACAAGUUCAGAUCUCUCCAGUCCCAGUCUCCAGAGGGCCUGUUCGCUCCGGGACCGGGUUCCAUGGACGUGCAGGUUGAGUUCGUGGAGACCCAGUAUUACAAAGAGCUGGAAUCGAUCGACAAACAGCAUCACGCGACGGGAAGUGGGUUCAUCAGGGCUCUCGAAGAAGGCGGCCAAACCGGUGGGUACGACAUUCGGUGCGAAAGCGACGGUUUCGCGAACGGCCGGGAUCGCAAGCCGGCAAUCCGAAGCAAUCCGGCGACAAACGAUUGGGUCCCUAGCUAUGCAUUUCACCAGGACUAUGUUUCGACCAAGCCCAACAGAAGCGAGAGUUCUUCCUAGAUCUCUCCAGAAGCAGCGAGCAGGCCUUGAAGCGAGAUAGAAAGCAUUUUCUUUCUCCUUUUUAUCCAUGUAUUGGAAUAAAAGAUGCAUUCGCGUCUUCUUGAUGAUGAUGAUGAUGAUGAGGACGACCAUUUCGUGUAAAGGGUAAACUAUUCGAGCAACCAUGUUUGUUUAUUGCUUGCGCUUAUCCGUUGCCGCCACUAGCACAUAAUUUAAUGGCGAUAAAAUUAGUGCGGUUGUUGGAAUAGUC